AUGGAAACUACUAUUGGAAAUAAUGAAACUGGUUGUAAUGAUAUGUCAUCCAAAGAUCUCAAACCAGCAGUUGGUUUGGAAUUUUCUUCUAUUGAAAUAGCUGAUUUAUUCUACAAAGAAUAUGGGAGAAGCAAGGGAUUUUCUACACGUAAGACAUCAUCAUAUGCCAGUGCGAAUAGGGGAGGUAUAAGUAAAGUUAUAUUUGUUUGUGGUUGUGAAGGUGUCUACGGUAAAGAUCCUAAUUAUGAUGAUUCAAAUAGUUUUGACGAUGAUGAAGUCGAACAGGAGGUUGUGAAGAGGAAAAAGAACACUUCAACCAUGAGAACAAAUUGUAAAGCUAUGAUGCGUAUAGCUUUGGAUGUAAAAUGUAAGAUAUGGUAUACAAAUGCAUUUGUGGAUGAACACAAUCAUGUUAUGGUCUCUCCUAAAAAGAGAGUUCUCAUGAGGUCAAACAAGUAUAUGCUAAGUGAAGCUAACAGCUUGGCUGGGGCAUUUAACAAAAAUAGGCUCCCAGUUGGUAAGAUUGCAUCAUUAUUCGGGCAUAGUGAAAAUAAUACAUUCACUCCUAGGGAGGUUUACAAUCAUUUGAGGAUGGUUAGGAAAUCUCUAUUAGAUGUUGGAGAUGCAGAAGCCUUGCUUGACUACUUCAGGAAAAGAACAAUUGAGAACCCCAGUUUUUAUUAUGCAAUACAAGUUGAUGAAGUAGGGAGGGCAGAAAAUUUGUUUUGGGUUGAUGCACGUUCGCGGAUGGCAUAUAGUCGUUUUGCAGAUGCUGUAACGUUCGAUACAACAUAUAGGACCAACAAAUAUAAUAUGCCCUUUGCUCCUUUUAUAGGUACGAAUUUGGAUUUGCAUUACUCGGAGAUAAGACAAAAGAGACUUUUACAUGGUUGUUUAAGACGCGGCUUGAAGAAAUGGGAGGUACCCCCGCCAUUCAAUAUCAUUCAUAUCAGCAACUUUAUAGAUUUGAAUCAGACAUCUCUACGACAAUUAGUCGAAAGUUGUGAUCAGGCACUGGAAAGAAUGUAUGUUAGAGAAAGGGAAGAAGACUACAAGUCUAUCCACAUGAAGCGUAUAUUUGCCUCACAAGAUUUAUUGGUAAGGCAUGCAUCUAAGGUUUUUACUCGCGUUAUCUUUAACAAAGUUCAUGACGAGUUUAAUGCGUCUUUGAAGUAUCAAUCAAAAAUAAUUGAGGUCAAUGGUGAUGAGCACUCUUAUAAAGUAUUCUGGAAAGUAGACGAAGAUAUAGUGGAAGAAUUUCCGUUAAAGAUUAAUGCGUUAACCAAAAGUGGUACAUGUGGUUGCCAAAAUUUUGAAUUCAAGGGGAUAUCAUGUAGACAUUUGCAUCAUAUUUUAGUAUCUCGCCUUUACGAGACAGAGAUUCCACCUCAUUUUAUAAUGGAAAGGUGGACAAUAAAUGCUAACAAGUGUGCGGUUUUAGGUUCUGAUCGCUUGGAAAUAAAUGAUGAUAAGGUUGGAAUUGAAGCCAUGCGGAUCAGUCAUUGUUGCCGACGAUCAUCUAAGCUAGCGUACAUGUUUUUGGGUAAAUCAGAAAAAGCAUACGAGAUGGCAAUGGAUUUUCUUAACCAAGCAUUUGAGAAGGCUAGAGAGAUAGACAAUGUUGAACUUGAAAAAGAACAUGGUGAAGACAUAACUAUUGAUCAGGCAUGCACCAACGCUGUAGAGGUACCUGACGAUGUUUCGAAUGCUACUACCGCUGCUAAGAUGAUCUUGGGUGAUCCACGCAUCUCCCAGACGAAAGAGUGGUAUAGAACUGUGCCAGACAAGAAAAAACCUAGAACUUACAAGUACUUCAAGUAUGAAGGUCACGACCCUCGUACUUGCAAACAAAAAAAAGCUGAUCAGUUAGCUGCUGCUAGUGCUAACAGUGGUAGUGGUACUGCGUGA